CCAAGUUUCCCCUCUCGUACGGCAUCCACGCGGUACAAGGUAUGAGCUGCUGCUUGGUGUGAGUUGGCAGGUUGGCAAACGAUGACAUGACUCUCCCCGUCUGCAUUGAGAGAGGCCUCUCUGCAGAAUAUCUACCUGACCCCGUUUUCUGGACCACAAGCUACCAGAGCUCAGCCUCACACGCCUACGAUAUCCACGUUGACGACAGUAUACGCCACAUUGUGCCCAGCAGAUUCCAUUAAACUUCCUUCGGUCUUGCCGUAGAGCUCCAUCAAACACCCAACCUACAAAAAGAAUCAAACGCACAGCAACCCAUUUGCCAUCGGCUGACUUUUCUCCUUCAUACUACCAUCUCAAGAUACCCAGCCCUCAAGAGCUACACAUCUUAGCAUUGCCUUGCUUGCAUCGUUGCUACGAUAUCAUUAAUUCUACCAACCUGAACCCCACUAGACAUUGACAGAAGACACAAUUACAGUAAUAAUGUCUGGCACCAACCCGGAGAAGCCUCCUAUUCAACCGGAGCAGCAGCUCUACCCUCCCCCUCCCACCGGCGACAACAACCAACAGCAGCCUCCUCAGUACACCUCUGGCCAUGAACAGCAGCAGUACAACCCGGACCAGAAGAGCGCUGCCGGCCCUAGCCACGAGCAGCAACACUUCCCUCCUCCGCCUCCGGGCCCUCCUCCCGCCGGCCAGCCCCAAUACACACACGCUCCCCAGCAGCAGCAGUACGCCGGCGGCAGCUUCGUCCCCCAGCAGCAGUCAUACGCACAGACACCCGGCCAGCAAGCUCCCUACAACCCCGCCGAGCACGGCGCCGGACACCACUACUCACAGCAGCAACAAUUCGAAGGACCUCCGGGCUCCGCAGCACCGGGCCACGCCCAGGGCGGUCCUUACACCGACCCGGCCGCCGCCCACGCCGCCUACAUUGCGCCCGCUACCGAUCCCAACCACAAGGAGAAGCGCGGAUGGGGCGAGCGCCUCUCCCAGAUGGGCAUGAAGGCCGCCGUGCCCAUCAACGCCCUGGCCAACAAGAUGGGCUCCCAGAGCUUCCUGCCCACCACCAUGGAUAGAGAGUGCGAUAAGGCGGCCAAGAUCCUCAAGAGCUUCUGCAAGGAGGGAAUCACAUCCGACGUACCCCCACAGACACAAACGGGCGAGCACCUCGACCCCGGCAAGCACGCCGAAGCCACCGGAUCACGCCCCACGACGCCCAACAAGGAAAAGGUCCGCAAGGACUCCAAGGCCAUCGUCAAGAUUCCCUCAAAGGUAAUCAACAAGGCCGUCGGCCUCGCAAUCUUCACCACCGCCCGCGUAGGCUUCCAGUUCUCCGGCGCCACUGGCUCCGGCAUCCUCAUCGCCCGCCUCGCCGAUGGCUCCUGGUCCCCGCCCUCCGGCAUUCAGGUCCACGCCCUCGGCGCCGGCUUCAUGAUUGGCGUCGACAUUUACGACUGCGUCUGCGUCAUCAACAGCCCCGCCGCCCUCGCCGCCUUCAUGUCCACGCGCGUCAGUCUCGGCCCAGACGUGGCCGUCGUGGCUGGGCCCUACGGCGCCGGAGGCGUCAUGGACGUUGGCGCCUCCUUUGGCGGCAAGAAUCCCGAGGUCCAGGACAAGAAUGCCAAUGACCACGUCACGGACGUCAAGCCCACCGACGACGGCAAGCUCAAGGCCGACGACAAGGACAAGAAGCGCAGGAGCAGCAGCACGUCCCUCAAGCCCGUCUUCUCCUACGUCAAGUCCCGCGGGUUCUACGCCGGCAUCCAGGUAGAUGGCACCGUCGUCACGGAGCGUAAGGACGCCAACGCUGCAUUCUACGGACAAAAGGUCACCGUGGACCAAAUCGUCAAGGGCCAAGUGCCGCCCCAGGGCCCCAACGGCAUGUGGCCCGCCGGCGCGCACCCCCUCUACGAGGCCCUCCGUACCGCAGAGCAGCAGCAGGCUCUGCCCGAGGUCCAUCUCCCCCAGGCGACGCCCGGCCAGCAGGCCCCGCCCGGGUCGAUCCCUCCUCCCCAGCAGCAGGGUCAGCAGCAGCCCCACUACGGCGGCGGCAAGCCCGAAGGGACCGGCAUCCCGGCUUAUGGCGGACAGCAGCAGUACGUUCACUCGGAUGCCGGCGGCCCGCUGGGCUCGCACCCGCCCGGCCAGGGUGGCCCCGUCGCCUCGGGCGGGCUAAGCCGCGAGGAGCAGCUCCCAGGCUACGUGGAUGACGGUGUGGCAAGGCCUGGCGUCGGUGAUCACAAGGGUCAUUACCAGUAAAAAGAGAAGAGUGAAAGUGAUGUGUAUGGUUUCGGGUUUGCACAAGGAAAGAAGAGUUUUUGCAAAGUGCCAGAGAGAUAUCCCCGUGGGCGUUUUAAGUGGUUUGCAUGCUUCAAGCUUAGCAUAGGAUGAAAACAAAUCAAGAUAACCAUCAAUAUUG